UUGUUGUCAAGAGCUGUACCACUCGGUGUGGCAUGUCGUGAUAGACUCUCACGGUUUUAUCGCAGAUUGCUUCGUCGUCGCAGGAUCUUUAGAAUCACUUCGUUCCUUCCUAUUCUCUCUUGGUUACCUCAUUAUGACUGGUCGCAUUCAUUUUUUGGCGAUCUCUCUGGAGGAUUAACGAUGGCCGUUUUUUCAGUGCCACAAGGAAUUGCAUUAGCCGGAAUCACAGGGGUUCCACCAGUCUACGGUCUCUACACAGCAAUUUUUCCUUCAUUUCUCUACAUUUUCUUCGGCACUUCAAAGCAUAAUGCUCUAGGUGGAGUUCAGAAGACAGCGAUGAACUACAAUGCAACGUACUAUGUGAACCAUACCGCUGAGUGCUUUGAGACAAUCCUUGAUGAAGCAAAUGGGACCCUUAUAUUGGGUAAUGUGACAUCGUUGUUAGGAAAGGUGACCACAGAAAUGUGGACAGAUGGUGUGAAUCCCGUGAAGGAGAUACAUGUUGCUACAACAAUUGUAUUUUUUGCCGGUUGUAUUCAGGUCAUAAUGGGAAUAUUCCGACUUCAGUACCUUACGACGGUGUUUUCCGAGCAAGUAAUGUCUGGAUUUGUCGUAGGUGGAGGUGUUCAUGUCUUCUUUGCACAAAUUGGAGAUGUACUUGGUGUGAAAUUACCUAGGAGAAGUGGGCCAGGUUAUUUGUAUUACCGACUAUGUGAUCUCAUCGAGAACAUAUGUAAUGUUCACUGGCCAACAUUCGCUAUAUCACUAUCAUCGUUUAUAUUUCUAAUAUUUGGCAAAGAGCUCAUGUCUCCAUGGCUUAGUACUGCUUUUCAUUUCCCAGUUCCCUUUGAUCUGGUUUUGGUUGUUGUUGGCAUCACUGCAACCAAUUAUGCCGAACUUUCACGAAGACAUCAUAUCAAAGUUUUAGGAAAUAUUCCAACAGAAUUUCCGCCUACUUCUUUACCACGUCUUGACCUCAUUCAAUUUAUUGGUUUAAACGCAGCGGCUAUUGCUUUAACUGCUGUUGCAAUUCACUUGACUGUUGCUAAAAUCGUGGAGAAGCGAUAUAAGUACAAAAUCAAUCACGGUCAGGAAUUAUACGCUCUUGGAUUUGUCGGUAUUUUGUCGUCAUUUUUUCCUGUAUUUCCUGUUACAUCAGGAUUCGCUCGAAGUGUUGUAGGAGCUGCAGUUGGAGGCAGCACUCAGACCAUAUGGCUCAUGAGUAUGUUGCUUACCGUAUGCUUUGACAUGGGAGAAGGUCUCCUGUUUGCUACUGGGUUUGCUGCAUUGACAACAAUUCUUCGGAUGCAGAGGCCAAAAUGGCAUUUUAUUGCUCACGAUAGUGAUUCCGGUACUUUCAAGGAAACAAAGAAGAGGAAUCUUGAGUUAGUUGCUGGGAAUGUUUGCAUUUUUCGUAUGGACGCACCACUAAUAUUUACUAGCAUCGACAGAUUCACUACGGCUGUAUGGCAGUCGGUGAAGACAUGGGAGCGAUCGAAAGCUGAGUCAUUCGUCACCAUGGAACAAAUGGAUACCCUCUUUGUGAACGACAUCUUUGAAAAGAAGGCUCGCGCCGCUCAUAUGGAAACUGCACGGGAGGAUCGUUGUCGCCUUGUGAUUGAUUGCAGUGGAUUUCCCUAUGUCGACUAUUUAGGCCUAGCGACAUUGAAAACGGUAUAG